GAAUAAUAUCUAAUCAUCCAUAAGGUUCUAGUGGCCAUGUCUUAACCCUUUCUUAGUCCAUUACACUAGAUUUCCUUUCUCGUGUUUCCCAUGACCACACUCGUGCAAUUUUCCAUCAAAUUUUCACACUUGAAACCCAACUUCUUCCAUGAUGGCAUAUACAAGCGACCCACUUUCUCUUUUUCUCAGUUAGAAACAAAGUUUGCUUCUUUUAAUCAGAAUAGCUUUAAACUGAGAGCAUGCAGGGAGAGAUGGUCCUUCUUGGGAGGUACAGUGUUUAAAAAUGGGGUUUUGUUGGAAGAGAAGGGUUGCAAGAGGGGAAACAGAGGGGUUUUGGUGAAGAAUAAUGAGGGGUUUGGCUUCAACGGUGGUGGUGGUGGUGGAAGAGAUGGUGCCACUGCUAGGCUUUUAGGAAAUAUUGCUUUAGCUAUUGGAUUAACUUAUCUCUCCAUGACUGGACAACUUGGUUGGAUUUUGGAUGCUAUUGUUUCCAUUUGGAUCUUUGCAGUGUUAAUACCAAUAGUGGGCCUUGGUGCUUUCCUUUGGUGGGCAGGACGAGAUAUAAUGCAAGGCACGUGUCCAAAUUGUGGUAAUGAUUUUCAGGUUUUCAAGUCCUCUCUAAAUGAUGAUUUGCAGCUGUGCCCUUUUUGUGGUCAACCUUUUUCUGUUGUUGGCAAUGAGUUUGUGAAGGACUCAGUGAAGUUUUCAAACCAAUCUACAACAUUUGGACAAGCAUUCAAUAAUUUCUCCCGUUCUAGAAAUGAUUCUGGCAAAGCAAUUGAUGUUGAAGCAGAAAUUAAAGAUGCAGAUUGAGUCUUCACAGCUAUAACACAUUGGAUGAUUAUGCUGAAGACGAAUCUUAUUCCGUUAAAGAAUAGGCGACUACUAUGACUUGCAUUUUCCGUUGUACUGAAGAUCCAAUGGAUGAAGGACUUUCAAGACUCAAGAGAGAAGAGUGUGAUGGUGAGUAAGACACAUUCUAGAGAGGAGAGGAGUGUGGUGAGCUGAGCAACAUUGCAAUUGUAAUAUAAGUUUUGACAGUGAUGUUUCUCAGGUCACACCUCUAUUAUUUUGGUAACGCUUCAAUUUUUUUCCUGUUAAGAAGUUUAGGUAGAAUAAAGGAUGCUUCAUUUCAACGCAUCGCUAACAACUUUUUUCUAUUAUCUAUAACCCAUUUUCUGGACUUGGAAAUAAAAUGAUACAUAAUCUC